AUGAGCAGUAGGUACGCCCCAGACACAUCUAGCUGUGCCCGGCGUAGGAUAAACUUUGCAAAGCGUUCUGCUGUCUUACUUAGCAACAUUGACUUUUUUGUUACAAAAUAUAAAGUCAACAUGCCUGCAGUGUGUUCAGCGUUCAACUGCACAAAUCGCAGCGAUAAAACAACAAAUAUUUCAUAUUAUAAAUUUCCUUUAAAAGAUAAGGAAAUUACAAAAAGAUGGGUUAUAAAUAUGAAGCGAGAAAACUGGUUUCCUACUACAGCCAGUUACCUCUGUUCAGCUCAUUUUGAAGAGAAAUAUAUGUACCACACAAAUGUCCAGAGGUGCCUUUUGUCAAAACCAGUACCUGCUAUCUUUAACUUUCCACCACAUUUACAAAAGCAAGAUAAAGAAUUACGACCACAACCCAGAAAGCGAUCUUUCGACAAUUUGCAAGAUAGUGCUAUUACAGUGACAUCAUUAGCACAAAUGCCUGUCAGACCCACAUCUGUUUCUGCUGACCACAAUUACUGUCUACCAAGCCCUAAGAAGUUGAAAACACAAUAUAACAGAGUACAAGCAGAGAAUGUGCGACUAAAGAAGCGGAUAAAGCAAAUGAAGCAACUUAGUGCACGACACAAAAGAAGAAUAGUGCAGUUACAGACUUUAGUUGCUGGUUUGAGAAGAAGGCUAUGUAGUUCAGUUUCUGAUAUGUUAAACAGUGAACAUGUAGUUAGUUUGUUGAAGGAGCUAUUGGAACUUCAGUGCAGUGCUAAACUAUGCCAUUAUUCUCAGCAAAUAAGGAAAUUUGCCCUGACCCUACACUUUUAUUCUGCCAAGGCAUACAGCUACUUACGAAAAUUUGUGAAAUUACCCCACCCAAGAACGCUUCGACUUUGUUAUUGA